UGUGGUUGAGUGAUGACUGCAAAAAUUGUAAUUUGCACGAAGCUUGGAAUCAACCAUGGCCUGGUUGGCAAGGUCAAUCGCGAACUCUCUCAGGCUUGACGAUGACGACGAAAAUGAAGACGACGCCCGGAAUGCUGAUCCCAACAGCAACUAUGGCGGCGACCAAAAAUCACCUCUCAAACCCGAAUCGGAGGCAGCUCAACCCGAUUCACAAUCAUCAUCUCCUGCAUCUACUCCGUCUGCACGGGGCGUCAAAGACGAUCUCUCCGAGCUCACCAAAUCCAUAUCACGCCAGUUCUGGGGCGUUGCUUCUUUCCUUGCCCCGCCGCCAGAAUCGGAACCUCCUCAAACUCAGAUCUCGCCUCCCAAUCCGGACGAACGAAAUGACCAAUCGAGCGACCAUUCCUAUUCAAAGCUGUCCGAUGAAGAUGUUAUUUCCGGAAUCCGAAGCGAUUUUGCGGAGAUUAGUGGGAAAUUCAAGAGCGGAAUCUCAAAGCUUUCUGGUAACAGGACGGUAUCUGAGAUUACGAAGAUCGCGUCGAAUUUCCUCCAAUUUGGAUCCGAAGAGGAACGUUCCCUGGAGGAAUAUGAGCUUGGUGGUGUGGUUGGAGUGACUGAGGAGGUGGUGGCCUAUGCGAGAAACCUAGCGAUGCAUCCGGAGACUUGGUUGGAUUUCCCUCUGCCUGAUGAUGCGGAUUCUGAUGAUUUUGAAUUGUCUGAUGCUCAACAAGAGCAUGCUCUAGCAGUUGAACGUCUGGCUCCUAGAUUAGCUGCUCUUAGGAUGGAACUGUGCCCUGGAUAUAUGAGCGACGGUUGCUUUUGGAAGAUUUAUUUUGUACUCCUUCACCCAAGACUCAACAAACAGGAUGCUGAACUUCUAUCAUCCCCAGAAAUCAUGGAAGCUAGAGCAAUGUUAUCAAUCAAAUUAGAUGAAGUAAGAAAGGAAAAACAAGAAGCAGAUUUUUCGGCAAGGGGCACUGCUUACUCAAAAGAGGAGGAACAACAUCUUUCUGUGCCCAGCAAUGCUCAAAUUAAACCAGAACCUCUGCGGACUUCUGUUGCUGAAGCAGCCCCGUCUGCGGUUGUGCCUGAUGUGGAAAUGGAGAAGCAUCCUGUUCAAAGCACUGAAAUCGAAGUAAUUGACAAGUCUGUAAUUGAAGAAGCACCACCGAAACCAAGUGCACAGCAGUCGUCAUCUACUUCCACAAACAAAUUCUCCGACAAUACUGAGGAUGAAGCAGAUGAUUGGUUGAAUGAGGAUAAUUCUGAAAUAGCUGGAGUUAGUGGAACCUCGAUGCCUGCAGCUAAUGAUGAUGAUGUGUCAUUUAGUGAUCUUGAGGAGGACGAUGGUGAUGUGCCUGUAAGUUACAAAAAGGUUACCUCAGGUUCUGAUUCUUCAACCAAAGACUCUCGGGAUUGGGUACAACUAGGUCGAAGCUCACCAAACUCUGAUAAGGAUAUAGGCAAUGUCGAAAGCAGGGGGUCGGAGCAUGCAAGAGCUCGUCAUCCCGAGUCCAAGGAUUCUAACGACUGGCUUAACGUUGAUGAUAUUGAUGUGAUGUAAUAAUGCGACAAAACCUUCCCGGGAUGGAAGUCAUUUUACGAUAAUUAUCAUUUUAUUUGUGAAUAUUUGCAUACGGUCUCUGUACUCAACUGUUAGCCACUGGAAACUUUCUGUGUACAUAAAGCCACUCCCCUCUGUGCAUUGUGCUUAUUAGUAAUUCCAUCGCCAAGCAAUAAAGCUUCCUUUGAUUUGAUAC